CACAGCAGGCCAACAGAUGGAGCCUGUUUUAUUUGUAAUAGUAAAUAGAAGACAGCAGACUGUCAAUCGCAUCACCAUCAUCAGAUCGAUCUGCUAUCUUAUCAUCAUUGGUUCUGAGUUUUCUCACACCAACGCUAAUUCCGGUUAUCCCAUCGAACAGCAGCACGAAGAAAUAACCUCAACAAUCCCCAUACCAUAACAGAAGCAAUGGCCAUCUCCAAGAUCCACGCUCGCACCAUCUACGACUCCCGUGGUAACCCCACCGUCGAGGUCGACCUCUAUACCGCUGACGGUGCUCUCCACCGUUGCGCUGUCCCCUCUGGUGCCUCCACCGGUAUCCACGAGGCCCUCGAGCUCCGUGACAAAGAGUCCCAGUGGGGUGGUAAGGGUGUUCUCAAGGCUGUCUCUAACGUCAACGACGUCAUUGCUCCUGCCCUCAUCAAGGCCGACCUUGACUUGAAGGACCAGGCCGCCGUCGACAAGUUCCUCAUCGAGCUUGACGGUACCAAGAACAAGGCCAAGCUCGGUGCCAACGCCAUCCUCGGUGUCUCCAUGGCCGUCGCUAAGGCCGCUGCUGCCGAGAAGGGUGUUCCCCUCUACCGUCACUUGGCUGACGUCUCCGGCGCCAAGAAGCCCUUCGUCCUCCCCGUUCCCGCUUUCAACGUCAUCAACGGUGGUUCCCACGCUGGUGGCCGUCUUGCCUUCCAGGAGUUCAUGAUCAUGCCCACUGGUGUCGCCUCCUUCUCUGAGGCCAUGCGCGCUGGUGCCGAGAUCUACGCUGUCUUGAAGUCCUUGACCAAGAAGAAGUACGGUAUGUCCGCCGGUAACGUCGGUGACGAGGGUGGUGUCGCUCCUGACAUUCAGACCCCCGAGGAGGCUCUUGACCUCAUCAUGGACGCCAUCUCCAAGGCCGGUUACGAGGGUAAGAUCAAGAUCGCCAUGGACGUCGCUUCCUCCGAGUUCUACAAGGACAACAAGUACGACCUUGACUUCAAGAACCCUGAGUCCGACCCCUCCAAGUUCGUCUCCGGUGAGGACCUUGGUAAGCAGUACGCUGCCCUCGCUGAGAAGUACCCCAUUGUCUCCAUCGAGGACGCUUUCGAGCAGGAUGACUGGGAGGCCUGGGUUAACCUCUGCGCCAACUCUGAGUUCCAGUUGGUCGGUGAUGACUUGACUGUCACCAACGUUGAGCGUAUCCAGACCGCCAUCGAGAAGAAGGCUUGCAACGCCCUCUUGUUGAAGAUCAACCAGAUCGGUACCAUCACCGAGUCCAUCAACGCUGCCAACGACUCCUUCAACGCUGGCUGGGGUGUCAUGGUUUCCCACCGUUCCGGUGAGACCGAGGACACUUUCAUUGCUGACCUCGUUGUCGGUUUGAGGGCUGGUCAGAUCAAGACUGGUGCUCCUUGCCGUUCCGAGCGUUUGGCCAAGUACAACCAGCUUUUGCGCAUUGAGGAGGAGCUCGGCUCCGAGGCUGUCUACGCUGGUGAGAACUUCCGCAACGCAUCCCAGCACAACUUCUAAGCGCUGCGCGCUGGAAUUUUGUAAGAUGGUGUUAUAGCAGGUUAGAUUGCUAGGCGGUGUCAAAAAUAUAAUAUUGAUCAUCAUUGCACUCAACCAUCCAUCUAUUUCGU